UCUCUCUCCCUCGCGCUUGAUUAAAACCCUAUCUACUGUAAAUAUUGCCGUUGGCGAUUCAUGCUCGGCUACUGUUGACAUAACUGCACCCCCCAACAAGAAGUUAAAUUAUUUUGGAGCGAAACAAAUAAACAUUCGUCGAGUCAACGAAAACUCUUGAAUUGCAAAUGUACUUCUAAAGUUAAGUUGUGUUUCUUUCGACGUGGAAUGGAGCCCCUAUUUCGUUUAACGUGCCAGUUCAUGGAAAGUCAAUAUGCAAUUGCACCGCUGACCAAAGGGAACGAAAAACAACACCGAAGCCAGUUCUCGCACAGUGGGACAGGGUCCGGAGCAUCCGAUUUUUCUAAACGCCUCAAACGUGUGCGUGGUCUGUUUCUAUCUCGCGGGAUUGUUGUCUGGGACAAAGUAGCAAUUACUCCAGUAUCGGGCAUUGCGGGAAUGCGUUUGAUGUCUGUUCUUCUUCUUGUCUCCCUCCAUUUGCUCCGCCCUCCGGGGUAAGUUCUUGCCUGUGAUCAAGGAACAUUCAAACGUGCUGCCGCGAGAUGCUUUAACUGCGGUAAGCGGUCCGGCGUUCACGUCUCGCAACGGUCAUUUGGGGUUUUAAGAAUGGGAAGUAAACUAUUCCAAGACAGGAUGUGCAAUCUGUUUUGAACAACCCCUUUGCGGAGUGGGCUGCGGGGGAGGUGUAGAAUUGAGACGCCUCUCCAAUUUGGGAUUGUAGAAGAAGAACGCUCGGCCAGAAGUGAUUCUGCUUAAUUUUUUCAGAAUAUGUACCCCCCUUGGGGACCCCUCCUGGUGCUGCUGGCUGCGUGGGCGGCUGGAGAGGCCCCGUCGACCCCCCCGACCCCCCCGCUCAGCUCCAACGAGGUCCUGAAGUUCCAGGAGGCGGAACGCACGGAGGAGCAGAACCUUGUGACUGAGAAUGGCAUCGGAAAUCUUGAAAGCAAGCAGAAUGAGGGAGCCACAGCCCGCUGGCCUGUCUCUCCAUCUCCCUCCUCCAUCGCAGUGUCCCCGGGCCCCGUCCCAGUGCCGACCCCUCUGUGCCCCGGGGACCAGGUGGUGCUCGGGGGCGGGGCGGGCUGUGGCUGCCCUGCAGGCCUGACGAAAGAGGGGGAGAGGUGCGUCUGCCCUGCAGGCUUUGAACAGCAGGGGGCGGCGGAGUGCCAGGAUGUGGACGAGUGUGCUGGGGAGGGGCGGAACGCCUGCGGUCUCCAUGCCAACUGUACGAACACGGCCGGCUCCUUCACGUGCAGCUGUCACCGUGGUUACCUGAAGGGCCCCGCCGGAGAUUGUCAGGAUGUGGACGAGUGCGCGCUGGCUGCAGUGACAGGGCUCCGGGCGUGUGUGGGCGGGGCUCAGUGCAGGAACUCCCCCGGCUCCUUCUCCUGCUCCUGCGCGCUGGGCUACGUGAUGGGGCUGGACGGGCACAGCUGCGUGGAUGUGGACGAGUGCAGCUUUGAGGAGCAGUGCCGUCGGGAGUUUGGGAACGUUUGUGUCAACACCCCCGGGAGCUUCCUCUGCCAGUGCCAGCCUGGGUUCAGAGCGGAGACACCGGCGUGUGUGGGUCCUGUGUGUCCAGAUUACAGAGUGUGUCAAGAUGUAGACGAGUGCAAGGAGAGCCCGGAUGUGUGUGCUGGUCAGGGUGUGUGUGAGAACACUCUGGGGAGCUACAAGUGCGUCUGCGAGCUGGGCUACAGAGGAAAUGGCACCCACUGCGAAGAUGAGAACGAGUGUGCCUCCGGUCGUCAUGGCUGCGACCCCAACGCUCGCUGCGGGAACGUCGUGGGCUCCUACUUCUGCCAGUGCUACCAGGGCUACACCGGUGACGGCUACUCCUGCUUCGACGUGGACGAGUGUGCCCUGAACAACGGGGACUGCCAGCAGGGCUGCGGCAACCAGCUCGGGGGCUACCGGUGCCUGUGCCAGCCCGGGUACCAGCUCUCUCUGGACCGACACAACUGCACAGAUGUGAAUGAGUGCUCGUCGCAGAACGGGACGUGCGAGCAGAACUGCACCAACACGCGCGGCUCCUUCUUCUGCUCCUGUCUCCCUGGUUACCAGCUGCACAUCGACGGUCACAGCUGCAUGGAUAUUGAUGAGUGUAAGUUGCAGCGGGGGGGCUGUUCCCAUGGCUGCACUAACACCCCUGGGGGGCACAUCUGUCACUGCCCCCACCCUCUGCUCCUGGACCUGGACCAAACCACCUGUGUCAAUGUCACGUCAUGUGACCUGCGGAACGGAGGCUGUGCACACGCGUGCGCCGUGCGUUCCGAGGGGCGUGUCCACUGCAGCUGCAAGGCAGGCUGGGAGCUGGGCGAGGACCAGAGGAGCUGUCUGGACGUGGACGAAUGCGCCGACUUCACCAGCGGCGGCUGCCAGCAGGUGUGCGUCAACCACCCCGGCACCUUCAACUGCACCUGCCGGGAGGGGUACCAACCUCGCAGCGACGCCCCCGCCCAGUGCACCCCUGUGUGUGACCCCCCCUGUCAGAAUUAUGGGGUGUGUGUGGCCCCCAACUCCUGUGACUGCCCUGCUGGCUACCCUGGACCUGGCUGCUCAGCCAUGUGCUCUCCUCCCUGUGCUCAUGGCGGUACAUGCAUGCGCUGGAACAUGUGUCUGUGCCCACCUGGCUGGACUGGACCCGGCUGCCACUCAGCGGUGUGUGAGCUUCCCUGUGCUAGCGGUGGCCGCUGUGUGGGUCCUGGCACCUGCCAGUGCCCGUCUGACUACACUGGACCUCAGUGCCUAACCCCCCUCUGCACGCCACCCUGUCAGAGCGGAGGCAGGUGUGUCGAUGUCAACAAGUGCACCUGCAGCGGGGGAUGGCAGGGCGCUCGGUGUCAGAUAGAGCCGGUGCGCUGCCAGACAGGGUGUAAGAAUGGCGGAGUGUGUGUGGGGCUCAACAGGUGUCGCUGCACCAGUGGAUUCACCGGGAACCUCUGUGAGACAGCGGUAAUGACGCCCUGCGUGCCGCCGUGCCAACACGGCGCCACCUGCAGCCCUCACAACAAGUGCACCUGUCCCGAGGGCACAGCCGGCCUGCGCUGUGAGAAACUGACGUGCCCGGUGGUGACGACGGUGGUCAGCAUGGCGCGGGCCGUGCGCAAGGGGGUGAGGGAGAGCUACGUGGAUCGCUGUGGACCCCUGGGCGUCCACCUCUGUACCAAGUACAGGAUCAACCAGGUGCGUGUGUACCUGCUGGCCUACCGGGUGGGCUACAGAGUCCAGUGCCCAAAGAAGAAGGGGACAUGAGCACCCCACCACCAAAAAAAAAAACCCACCUCUCCCCAAAAAUAUGUACUGCUGUUACUCAACGUCACAGAGCACUGACCUCUGUGUGACCCCUGUGUGACCUCCACUGCAUCGAGCCCACUAGCGGGAACCCCGACAGGCUCUCUGUCCAUCUGGACAAAAUGAGCGUUCUGGUGAAGCUGAACACAGACAUGUUACAUCAACCAGCCCAGCCCAACCAGACAGCUGCUCCCUCUCUGAGUCUUAAGUGAAAACAAAAUGGAUGCUUCACCCUUUGGAGAGAGUAGGUUUUUUUGGUUUUUUUCCAGUGUUCAAGUCAGUGUUGUAGAACUCCAUUCUUUUCAGUUAGCAGCACCGAUUGUGACAUCAGCAUUAGAAUGUUCAGUUAAGAACAUUGUAGUCACAUAUUUGCAAAUUUUAUGCCUUAAAGGGUUAAUUCUGCUUGAUGUAAUUGAACCCUCUCACACACUAUCAUAGAAAAAGGUUCUGAAAUUUUUUGUUUGUUUGCUUGUGUAAAUGUAACGAUGAAAGGAAGUAUGUAAUUUACGAUGAAGGUCAUUGCACCUGAGAACCAGUAUUAGCGAAAUAAAAUGAAAUCCUUGUUUUUUUAA